CCACCAUGACACAAAUAAUAAUUUGGUUGCAAUACUUUCCAAUCAAAAUGAAAAAUUAUUGUUUGUGUCAUGUAAAAGUUCUAAUGUUUUCAGAGUACUUGUUUGAUGUUCCCUAUGUUUGAGGCUUUCAAGAUUCGAUUCCGAUUUUCUCUCAUUUCUCUGUAACCUGGAAUAGAGUUUGUCACUCUUUUAUUUUUUUCUUAAAUAGCCUCAAACAUUUUGAACAUAAUUUUCAGGACAUUUUCUUCCUAGGAUUGUGUCAUGUAUAUACCCUGUUAAGUGCCCUACUUGCCCUUGUUCCUUUUUUCAAACAUUUUUAUUUUGCAAAGAGCUAUUUUUUGUUUUCUCCCUGUCUUGUGAGUUUCAGGUUUUGUAUGAAAUCAGGUAAGUCUCUGUAUCCUUGUUUAGAUUUAUUUCAGCCAAGGUAUUACUGUACAUAUCUCCAAGGGUCACAUGCCUUAGAACUUUGUUUGCCCCUGUUUUUAUGUCUGUCGGGUUCUUCCGAAAGUCUUUUGCAUUUGUCUCGGUACACGCCCUCUUACUGGUUCGCGCCAAAUUCCAGUGGCUCCAUAUAUCACGCCCUUCCAAUUCGAUGGUCCUGUAAACGCCGGGGAGAGUGUCCAGGCCAACUGCCACGUGCCCAAGGGCGACAAGCCGGUAAAGAUCGAGUGGCACUUUGACGGCGGCGACAUUAGGUCCACGGCUCUGGCCAUCGUGACUGCCCCCUUCGGGGACAAGUCCGUGCUCUUUUCCAUCAACGCCGUCGGUCCCGAGCACCGGGGGAAUUACACGUGCAUCGCCAGAAACUCGGCGGGCGUCGUCAACUCGACGGCGGAGCUGCAAGUCAAUGGUUCGCCUCCCUCCCUCCGUCCGAUCUCUACGCUGUAGUUGUGGUUUUCCAAUCUAGUGCGUUGUUUCUUCGGUUGUCCUUUUUCUUUUCUCUUUUGUUGUUUCCUCCUGCCCACUCCCUUCCUCCCCCACGCCCGCCCCGUCCCGUGCUCCCACACCUCCUUUGCGCACCCCUCGAGCUCACGUGACUCGCCACACGUCCGCCCGCAGAGCCUCCGACCAUCAACCCCUUCUACUUCGGCGAGCUGCCGCUGCCGGUGGGCCAGAUCGCGCAGCUGCAGUGCGUCGUGCCCAGCGGCGACGUGCCGCUCGACAUCACCUGGUCCUUCCCGGGCGCCGACGCGGCCGUGGCCCGGGGCGUGACGGUCAUGAAGCUGGCCGAGCGCGUCAGCCUGCUCAUGAUCGGGGCCGUGGACCCGCGCCACGUCGGCAACUACACGUGUGUGGCGAGCAACGCGGCGGCCACCGCCUCGUACUCCGCGCCGCUGACCGUCAAAGGUCCUUUUUCCCCCCAUCCUAUAGACUCGACGACGCUUUAGUCUGAUUUUGGUUAUCGCUUGUUACUUUGUGUUGUUGUUGUCUUUUCGUUUGUAUUUUGUUUUAGUGUAUGGGUCGUUUUUGUACGUAUUAAGUUGCGUUCUUAUGAUUUCGCUCACGUCCCCCGUUCCCUUCCCCCGCGGUGCUCGCUUCUCUUUUGGUCCUUCGUGAGCAUAGGACUACAGUGACAGCGGCAGAAGCAGAAGCAGCAGCAGCAGUAGCAGCACGGAGAAGAAGAGGUUUUAAACAAUAGAAAAGGCGCAGUUAGUGAGGAGUGAAUGUGUCGUUGUAGUGCCGCCACUCCUGGCCGCCAUGUCGUUCGGCGAUGACCCGAUCAACGAGGGCGACACGGCGGGGCUGCAGUGCAUGGUGGUGAAGGGCGACCAGCCCGUGGCGCUGGCGUGGUUCAUCGACGGCCGGCCGUACCGCCCCGAGCAGGCCGAGCGCGGCGUGCUGGUGAACAAGCAGGGCGCCAAGAUGAGCUUCCUGAGCAUCGACGCGACCCGGGCGGAGCACACCGGCGAGUACCGGUGCGAGGCCACCAACGCGGCGGGUCGCGACGUCCAGACGGCAACCCUCAACGUCAUAGGUGCGGCCACCACGAGCAGCUCGGUGGCAUGACUUCUUAGUUUUUGCGUUCUUUUAUUUUUUUGUGCG